AAUGAAGAAAAUGAAGAAUUUUUGCCAACUGGAGAAACCUCCGUAGACUCCUACCCAAACUGGUUAAAAUUCCACAUUGGCAUUAAUCGGUACGAGUUGUAUUCCAGACAUAAUCCCGCAAUUGAAGCUUUACUACAAGACCUGGUCACCCAAAAGAUAACCAGUGUUGCGAUGAAAUCAGGAGGUACCCAGCUGAAGCUGAUUAUGACGUUCCAGAACUAUGGACAAGCAUUGUUCAAACCAAUGAAGCAAACCAGAGAACAAGAAACACCACCUGACUUUUUUUAUUUCUCAGACUAUGAAAGACAUAACGCAGAAAUAGCGGCAUUUCAUUUGGACAGGAUCCUGGAUUUCCGUCGCGUGCCACCAGUUGCAGGUAGACUGGUUAACAUGACGAGAGAAAUACGAGAUGUUACUCGUGACAAGAAACUGUGGAGAACAUUUUUCAUCUCACCAGCCAACAACAUUUGCUUCUAUGGGGAAUGCUCCUACUACUGCUCAACAGAGCACGCCCUGUGUGGAAAACCAGAUCAGAUAGAAGGGUCUCUGGCCGCUUUCCUACCGGAUUUGUCCUUAGCUAAAAGGAAAACCUGGAGAAACCCUUGGAGACGUUCCUACCACAAGCGCAAGAAAGCAGAAUGGGAAGUUGAUCCAGAUUAUUGUGAAGAGGUUAAACAAACACCCCCGUAUGACAGUGGGACCAGAAUUCUGGAUAUAAUGGAUAUGACAGUUUUUGAUUUCCUAAUGGGUAACAUGGAUCGACAUCACUAUGAAACCUUUGAGAAGUUUGGAAAUGAAACAUUUAUUAUCCACUUAGAUAAUGGAAGAGGGUUUGGAAAAUACUCCCAUGACGAACUUUCCAUAUUGGUGCCUUUAAACCAGUGCUGCAGAAUAAGGAAGUCUACCUAUCUGCGAUUACAGUUGUUAGCCAAGGAGGAAUACAAACUCAGUCUCUUGAUGAAGGAAUCUUUACUAAAAGAUAAAAUAGCUCCCAUUCUCUACCAGCCUCACUUGGAGGCGAUGGACAGGCGGCUGCGAAUUGUCCUCAAGGCUGUUAGUGACUGUAUAGAAAAGGAUGGUUAUGACAAUGUGGUUGAAAAUGACUUUAACGCUGAUGUUAACACCGUUACGACCGAGAGGUAGUGAAAUCGCAAGACUACGUUUUUACCAGCCAAGUAAAGAAGAUUCAAAGAGGAAAAAGAAAAAAAUAAAA